AUGGUAGAACGUGGAGAAAAGAAAAAAGAAGACCGUCAGCACACCAACAAACCUCGAUCCAAAAAGAUCAACGUUCAAGCUCUUCCGCAGACGAAGAACCAGCAUCGGUGCUUGACAAAGAUGAUGUCUCUCGAUGAGAUAAUAAGCUUUCUCGGCAUUGCAAGAUUGACGGGUUCAAUCAGGAAGCCCUCGGCGGCGCAUGGCCGCUAUGAGAAGAAUAAAAAAGAAAACAAAUAUAUAUAUAUGAUCUCCCUUGGACUAUGUGCAUACCGGAUCCACUAUGGAAUGAUCGGCCACAAGUUCCCAAGUGCCGGAGAACAAGGGGUUGAAUCAGUGCUAUUCAAACCGGAGUUCAGCAAAGCUCUAUCCAAACAUGCAACCUUGAAUGGGCAGACAAUAGGUGGGAACGGGGUCAAAAUGCUUCCACUCUUUAACACACUUGAAGCAUCGCUCGCCUCGUCUAGCGAAUCUGAAAAUCAUCUGGACAGGAGUCUUACUGGACCCUGCAUGGAAGUGGAAAUGCAGUGA